AUGAGGAGAUCCUUGAGCCUCGCCAGGGCCCUCGUCGCGCCCCGCCAUGGCCAUCUCAAUCAACUACCUUACAUCCUCCCCAGGACGGCCACGCAAUGGCACGGUUUUCGAUACAAAUCUUCAAAGGCGAAGUCCAAAGUGGCAUUGCCACCAGAAGAACCGCCAGCGCCUCCAAAGUCUCGAAAACCUCGAAAAUCGAAACUCAAAGCGGUGAUAACACCACCACCAACAUCAUCCUCACAGGACCUAACACCAUCGCAAUUCGUGCUUCGAGACUACCAGGAAGAAUGUAUACAAGCAGUUCUGGAGCAUCAAGAGAAGGGUCAUCGACGAUUGGGUAUCUCGCUUGCCACUGGCAGUGGGAAAACUGUAAUCUUCACUCAACUAAUAGACCGUAUCCUACCUAUCCGCCCAGAGGCAACCCAAACUCUGAUCCUAGUCCACCGUCGUGAACUCGUCGAACAAGCCGCCAUCCACUGUCGCAACCGCUACCCGGACAAGAUCGUCGAAGUAGAAAUGGGAAACAGCCACGCCAGCGGAACAGCAGACAUCACAGUUGCAUCAAUCCAGUCCAUCUCUUCAUCCGGAAGAAUCGGAAAAUUCAGACCAGAACUACAUAAAUUAAUCCUAAUCGACGAAGCACACCAUGCUGUCGCCAAAAGUUAUCGAAGAACGUUGGAACACUUCGGAGCCAUGACGCCCGAGUCCGAAGUCCACGUCGUUGGUGUCUCCGCGACUUUCGGAAGAAGUGAUGGGCUCAGAUUGGGCGCUGUUAUGGAUCACAUCGUUUAUCACAGGGAUUUCUUGUCAAUGAUCGAUUCCGGCUGGCUUUCCAAAGUCCUUUUCACAACGGUAAAAUCUAACAUAAAUUACACGAAUGUGAAACUUACGGCGGUAACCGGAGACUUCAACAUCAGCGACCUAGCAAAUGUCGUUAACACCUCAGAAAACAACGACAUCACAGUUCGUAGUUGGGUCGAAAAGGCAGGGGAGAGAAAAAGUACACUGGUGUUCUGCGUUGAUAUAAAACAUGUCAUAGACAUGACCAACCUCUUCAGGCGGUACGGAUACGAGGCUUUCUACGUAACGGGAGAAACACCAUUGCCGGAACGAACACAGAUAUUAAACGACUUUAAAGCUGGUAAAUUUCCGGUAUUGGUCAAUUGUGGAGUAUUUACAGAGGGUACGGAUAUCCCGAACAUCGACUGCGUACUACUAGCGAGGCCGACAAGAUCGAGGACUUUGUUGGUUCAGAUGAUCGGACGAGGGAUGAGAUUACAUCCCGGGAAAGAGGAUUGUCAUGUUAUAGACGUAGUUGGAUCGGUUUCCCGUGGAGUCGUGACGACGCCGACACUCUUUGGCUUAUCACCGGAAGAAGUACUGGAUCGAACGUCGUCUAAUGUUGUCAAGAAUAAAUUCGAACUCCAACAGGGAAGCCAAGACGAAUUAGAAAGACAACAAUCAGAGAAAUCGCAGACAUCGCCGGACGUCAAAUUGGAAGAUGAAGUUGAUCUGGAAAUAUACUCCAGACCUUGGACCGUGACUUUUGUGGAUUAUGAUAGUAUUCACGACUUGGUACAGGAUUCGAAAGCAGAUGCUAGCGUACGACAGUACAGUGUCAACGCUUGGGUAUGGGUCGGCCCCGGGAAAUAUAUUCUGGGAUUAGUGGAUAAUAGUUACAUAAGUGUUCAGGCCAAGCCUGAAGGUGGGUUUUUGGCACAGGAGACAAGAGCUUUACCGGAGGGACUUAAAGGAAAGUACGGAACACCGUUGAUGCGCCCAAGGGUCGUAGUGCAUCAUGUCAAUACCCUCGAAGAGAUCAUCAAUGCGGCAGAUACAUUUGUCACGGGUCGAUAUCCACGACAAUUAAUAGCUCAUGCCGCGUCAUGGAGAAAAGCGGAUGCGAGUGACGGACAACUAGAUUUCUUAUCAAAGAGGACGAAAAAAUCGAUCGAGGAGUAUCGACAAGAAGGGCUUACGAAGGGUCAGGCAGCAGACAUGCUGACAAGGCUUAAACACGGCGCUGCAGGGCUGUUCGAAAAGCUGGAGAAGAUGAAGAGAAAGGAGACGAAGAAAGAAUUGAAGGCGCUUAAGAUGUCCACACCAUUGUUGGAAACUAUCAAGGUAGGGAGGCUUGAUGCCAAUGCCUCACCGUAG